GCCCGGUCGUCUGCCGGCGGCUGUGGGGCGAGGAGCAUUCACAUACACAGACUCUCGCUCAUUUCGUUCUCUCGCAGUCGAGCGACGGACGGCGGCUCCGAAGCAGCAAGGCAUGCUCGUGCGGCUCGUGCUCGUGCUGGCGGCCACGACGGCCUCGGCCGCCGCCUACCUGAACGAUUGGUCGCAAGCAGGGGUACGCAACUCGCAGCCCACGUGCGUCGACAUCCCGCGCAACAUGAAACUCUGCCACGGCAUCGGCUACCACAAGAUGCUGCUGCCCAACCUGCUCGACCACGACACCAUGGAAGAGGUUUCUAGCCAGGCGUCUUCGUGGGUGCCGCUGCUGAACAUCAAUUGCCACGCGGACACGAAACUGUUCCUGUGCUCGCUGUUCAGCCCGGUGUGCCUGGAGAGGCUCAUCUACCCCUGCAGGUCGCUGUGCGAGAAGGUGAAGGCGGGUUGCGAGGGAAGGAUGCGUACCUACGGCUUUCCCUGGCCAGACAUGUUCAAGUGCGACAAGUUCCCGCUCGACAACGAUAUGUGCAUCUCGCCUCAGGUCAACAACAACAGCUCGUCAGAAGCAGACAAGUGCCAGGCGUGCAACCCGGACCAGACAUAUGAGAACAUCGUCGACAACUUCUGCAGAUCGGACUUUGCGGUUCGAACAAAGUUCCAGAAGGUGCGCAAGAAUAAACUAAUCAGCAAUAAAGCCAAAUUGCUCAAGGUGAAGAGCAGCGUGGAUAAGGCGCAGCAGAGGCAACUGCGGAGGCCGACGUUCACCCUGCAGCCGAGUGACACGUGCUGUAGCGAUAUCAUGCGUGGUAGCCAAGAAUUCUUCUUGGUCAUGGGGCAAUUCCGCGACUCCAAAAUCGUGCCUAGCUUCGCCAUGCCCUGGUCCAAAGACUCAAAAGCUUUCAAGCGCGCCCUGCGGACCUUCAAGCAAAUCAACUGCACCGACCCCAAGUUCGUCUCGCAGUCGGUCAUCAUCGGUGUCGAGGACCCGGCCAACGCCAACCGCAGGAAAAGGGGCAAGGCGAAGGGCAAGAAGAAGCAACAACAGCAGCAGCAACAGCAGAGGAAGAAUCCGGUUUGAAACGUCUUCCUGCGAGCGAAAACUGCCCCGAGAUACUAGAGUAAGGCUGCACACGAGAUUUUGGCUUGCGAGAAUGACCCACGGUGUUACUGUCUAAUGUGUAAAUAUAGUGUGAUUGUAUGAUAUUAUAUUAUAGUGAAUGUGCAUUGCAGAAACUGCUGCAGUAGUGGUCAUUUUUUGACUUUCGAUUAAUAAUAAAAAAAACCCUUUGCUAGGAUUAACAAUGUAA